AUGCCUUCCAACGACGUUCGCUUGUCCAAGGUGUCGCCUGCAACAAGCCUCCACCCUCCUUUCUCCCGCGCCGACAAGCCCGAGCCAUCGCCAGCCUCCUCCUCCUUCUCAUGCGAAUCCGACGAUAUCGAGGAUUAUAUCGGUAGCGGUGCCAAUACCGUCGGUGGUCGAACACCCGUUGUCGACAAGCGCCUAUCUUUUGCCUACGAAGGGAGACCUUCGAAUGUUAGCGGCCCCCGAAUCAGGACUCCAAGCGCAGACGCAUACGGCAGCGACGACGACGAGGCCAUGGAUAACAAGGCGUUCCGUUCGGGACAGCCUCUGCUGUCCCAAACGGAUGACGAGCGAGGUCGCGCCCGCUAUAACCAUUCGCGGACACCGUCGCCUCUACCUAGCGCACACCAACGGCCGACCUUUUCGCGGCGGUCGACGAUGCGUUCACGAUCGCCAGAUACCCAGGCCAAGAUGGCUGCCAAGAAGAAAUAUGUAUAUGCGGCAAUCUUUCUAGUAGUCUCGCUUGUAUCAUUCUGCAUCCAAACAGAGCUGGCAGCCUACGUACAGCAAGAGCUCGGGUGGAAUAAGGCGUAUUGCAUGUUGUACAUGACACAUGGAUCUUGGUCGCUACUCUGGCCUGUGCAAUUAUUGGUGUUGCGGGUGCAGAAGUGGAAUAUGCCUUGGCAAGCCUUUUGGCGGCGACAUGUGUACUUGUUGCGGAGCACCACGCACAUGAUUCGUGAUCAAAAUCUGGACGUCUCCCGACACGCCAUGAACACGAGCCCAUGGCCGUACUUGAUCAAGACCACGGCUUUCAUUACAAGCGCCUUGACCAUUGCCGGCCUAAGCUGGUACCUUGCAGUCGACAUGACCAGUCCGAGCGAUUUGACGGCCAUCUAUAACUGUUCUGCGUUCUUUGCGUACGCCUUCAGCGUCCCACUGUUGAAGGAGAAGCUACGACUUGACAAGAGUUUUGCUGUCGUUAUAGCCAUCAUCGGUGUCAUGGUUGUGGCCUACGGUGACAGCAAGGAAGACGGCGGCGAGGACCAAGCCGAGAACCAUACUGCUGGUACUCGGUUCCUGGGCAACCUUAUUAUUGGUUUUGGCAGUGUUCUUUAUGGACUGUACGAGGUCUUAUACAAGAGAUGGGCGUGUCCUCCAGAAGGUGUCAGUGCAGGCCGAGGCAUGAUUUUCGCAAACGCCUUUGGUAGCUGCAUUGGCAUGUUCACCUUGACCGUCUUAUGGAUUCCCCUCCCGAUUCUACACAUGUUGGGCUGGGAGACGUUUGAACUCCCGACAGGCCAGACUGCAUGGUAUCUCUGGGUCAGCGUUGUCAUGAAUGCAACCUUUGCCGGGUCUUUUCUAGUUCUCAUCAGUCUGACUAGCCCGGUGCUCAGCUCCGUCGCCGCCCUGCUUACCAUUUUCAUCGUGGCCAUCGUUGACUGGCUGCGCACUGGCAAGAGCAUGAGUUUCGCGGCAGUGGUGGGUUGCGCCAUGAUUGUCGUGGCGUUUGUCAUGUUAUCAUGGAGCACUUAUCGUGUAAUGGUAGAAGAUGCCGAACGCAAGGCACACGAGGGCGAUGCCGAGACUGAAUGGGAUAGCGAGAGUGAUAAGGAUGACGACCGCAUCGAUUAA